GCAAAAUUUCAAAUUCCUGUAUACAGCCCCCACCAAGACCAAGUAUCUCGAGAAGCCAACAUCAACCGAACUCAAUAUGGUAAUAAGUACUGAAUAACUAAAUAAUAAUAAUUGAAAUAUAAUAUUCAAAGUAUAGUAGCCAUGGCACAGAGGCGACUUUCAUUCAAUAUGCCCGACAACGGGACCAAAAGUCAAGGUACAUUUGAGUCAAUGUUUGAAUUGAAAGAAGUUCAAAAUACGGUACAAUAUGACUGGCCUGAAUUAUUACGAGAAGAUACCAAUCCAAUUGAAACUGCCAUGUAUUUAUUGGAUGAUUCCUCGGUUGGAUUGGCACAUAGAAAACAAGAAUUUGAUAUUAUUAAAGAAAAUACUGAAAAUGCUUUAAGACAUGUAGUUAAUGAUCAUUAUGAAGUAUUUAAUAAUAGUAUUGGAUCAUUUCAUUUACUUUUAAAUACAUUACAAGAUUCUCAAAAUGAUUCUUCAACUAUUAAAAAUAUUUUGGAUUCAACUGUUAAAGAUGUUCAAGAUCGAUCAGAAGCUUUAAAUGAAUUUAGUCAAACUUCAACAAGAUAUACUGAAUUAAUUGAAAUUCUUGAUGCUAUAACUGAAGUAUCAUCAAUUCCUAAUAAAAUUGAUCAAUUAACUCAAGAAAGAAAAAUUCAUGAAGUUUAUGAUGUUAUUUCUCAAGGUUAUAAAACGGCAGAAAAGUAUAAUUUAUGGUCAUUAUCAGCUAUGAGUUCUAUAAGAGAUAGUUUACAAAAUCAAUCAAAUCAAUUAUUUGAUACAAUAGUUGAAGAAUUAACUAGUGAAGUAUAUUUAAAGGCAGUUAAUACAUUUACUAAUAGAAGUCAAGACCUGAAUGUUUAUUCAUGGCUGACCCUUACCAAAUCAAAUAAUCCUAAAUUAUCUUCAUUAAAAUCAUUAAUUUCUGAACUGACAAAUUUAGAACAAUAUGUUUAUAAUUCUGCUAAUUUAGAUAUAUCUGAAAUUGUUGAUGUUUUAAGUGAUCCAGUUGAAGAAUUUCUUAAUAAACAAUUACCUACCAUUCAUAAUCAUUAUAUUACAAAUGAAAGUAAACUUAAUUAUUCAGUAUUAGUUAAUUCAAGUCUGAAUCUUACAUCAGGAUCAUUUCAUUAUAUUUAUAUGUUACUUCAUACUGCUUCAAAAUUAGGAAAAUUAAAUCAAAUUGUAGAGAUUUUACAAGGAAGACAUCAACUGGAACUUCAUGGAUUAUUAAAUAGAAUUACUGAAGAAGUUAAACAAAAGAAUGCAUCAGUAUUAGCCAAAUUAGCUAAACUUCAAAAAUUUGAUCAUAGUUCAGAAACGAAUAUUAUUGGACAAACCAAUUUUAGUGAUUCAACAGUAUCAGUUCUUGAAGAUUUAUUUGGAUCAAUAUUUGUUAAAUUUUUAGCCGUAUUUCAGCGUCAUAAAGUUAUUGGAGUUAUUGUAAAUAUCAUUGAAUCGGGUACUAAAUUAUCCGAUAAGAUUAUUUCUACCACCACCACCACAACUACAACUACAACCACUACCACUACUAAUAAUAAUAAUUAUGAUUUAGUUAGUAUUUGGAAUGUAUUAAAGAAAGAAUUAAAGAAUAUAAUGUUAAAUUAUAUAAUUGAUGAUAAUUUAUUAAUUAAUAAUACGGAAGAUUAUUUAAGAAAAAGAUCUAAAACAAAAGUAUAUGAAAAUCGAUCAGUUAAAAAUAUCUUCCAUUUUGAAGAUGUUUCUUAUCAAUCAUCAUCAGUUGAAAAUCAAAAUUUACAAAUUAUUUUACAAGAUAUGUUUCCUGGAUUUAAUAUUCAAGAUAAAUUUGAUCAACUGAAUUCUGUUGAUUCUUCUUCACCAUAUAUUCAAAGUGAAACUCAUAGUGCCAUUGUUGAAGUAUUAGUACCGAAGAAUUUAUUUAAUAUGAGAAUAAUGUUAGAAUUCUUUUUAUUAUUUAUUGAAGGAAGUCAAAGAAUUUUCCUUGAUUUUAAAUCAUCACCAACUCAAAAUAAAGUUAAUGCAUUAAAUUUUUUUGAUGAAUUUAUGAAGAAAUCUUUCCUUUCUCAUGUUAAAGAAAGUUUAGAAUUAUCAUUUAAAGAAUAUAUUGGUGGACAACAAAAUGGUAUAACUCAUUUCUCAGGACUUAAAUUAGAUUUAAUAUCUAUAAGACAAAAUUCCACUUCUGAUGCAAUCUUUAGUUCAUUACAAGAUACUUCAGAAUAUAAUACUUUAACCGUUUAUGAAAAUGCUUUAAAUUUUAAAAAAUUAUUCCUUAGUAUUUGUUCAAUUUUAAAUACUUCUUUAACUUAUAGAAAAGAAUUUAGUGAUACUGCCCUUUCAUUUUUAGAAACUUUCUCCAAAUCAUAUUCGAAUUUUUAUUUAGAAUUAUUAUCUACUGGUAAUUUUCAAUUGAAUGGGUAUGGACAAUCAUUAGAUUCUAAUUCUAAUUCACAAACAAAUUCUCAUUCAAAUUCUAAUUCUAAUUCUAAUUCUAAUUCAAAUUCAAAUUCAAAACCUAUUCUGAAGAUUAGUAAAUGGAUGAAAAUUCCUGCUUUAAGUGAAGUUAGUGGAGCUGUUCUUCGAGCUAAUGCUUUAAAUAGUAAUGAUUUAAAUCCUUUAAUAAAGCAAGAAAUUCAAGCCAUGUUAAUGGGAAAUGAUUAUGGAGCUAGUACUUUUAAUAUUAGUAAAGAUGAUGUUUUAGAUAAAGAAUCAUUUAAUCAAGUAUGUAAUCUUUUAGUUACUGCAUCAUGGAUUUUAACUUGGUUACCAUCAAUUAAACGAGAAUCUAAAUAUGAUGUUUAUGAAAGUAGAGAUGAAGAAGGAAGUUUAAAUCUUUCAAUUAUUGAAAAAUUAAGACAUAAUUGGUCAUUUCUUGAAAAUGGUAAAACUUUAAUUAAUGUUAGUGCUGGAAAUGAAGAUAUAAAUCAACAAAAUAUUUAUUUAGCAUUAACGCCUGAUAAAAUUGAAAUAUUUGAUAAAUUAAUUCAAACUUUUGAAUCAAUAAGAGAUCAAACUUUAUUAGCUUUAAGAUAUGAUUUAAGAUGUAAAUCAAUUUAUUAUAUUGGUAAAUCAUUUAGAGAAAUUGAUUGGAUUCCAACUACUGAACCAGGAGAUUCUGAUAAUUUUAUUGCUGCAUUAAAUCAAGAAGUAUUUAAUAUAGAUAAUAAUUUAAGAAAACUUCUUAAUGAAGAAGAAAGAGAUAGUAUAUUUAUUGGAAUUCAACAAUUUUUAAAUUCUCUUAUUAUUCAAGGUUCAACAUUAGUUAAAAAGAUUAAUAGUAAUGGUAUAAAGAGAAUUUUAUUAAAUAUUUAUACAUUUCAUCAAAUGUUAAGAAAUCUUUUAAAAGAUCUGGAAUCAAUUGAUUUCUCUCCAUGUUCAAAUUAUUUUGAUUUAUUUAUUGUUAAUGAAUUUGAUUUAAUUAAUAGUAUUAAAGCUAAAACAAAUUUAUAUACUAUUGAAGAGUAUAAAAAUUUAGCCCGAUUAAUUUAUAGUGAGAAAUUAGCUGAUGGUAAUGGAACUCAAUUUAAUAAAACCAAAUAUGCUGAUUUGAUUAAAAAGAUUGAAGAAGCCAUGAAAAGUUAGAGUUAAGAAAAAGAAGAUUUAAGAAAAAGAUUUAAGAAAAAGUUAAAGAUUUAAAAAUCGGAAUUUAUUAAAAAGGAAAC